CUUGAACACUUGGGUACAAAUAAAUCUUGCUCAUAUUAUUGAGUUGAAUGUUCAAAAGAAAGGUUGAGUAAGUCGGCCGUGAAGUCGGGUGACCAGUUCUGAAGUAAAACUAUUGAAUUUAUUCAUGUUGAGACCUUCUCACGGUGAUAUUUCAAAUCGAAGGUCAUAGUGCGUUGCUUUCGAUGUCACGUCUAUUUACCCUCUUUCCCGUAUUGAUAUCUUGUGUGCGCCAUAGCAGAAGACCUCGAUUUAUUCGUCCAUAUCUGAAAGACUUAUAUGGUAGAAGACUUGCUCAAGGUCCAGAGAUUUAUCGACCCAGGAAAGAUUGGUUAUGCUGGAAUCGUGACUCGGAAUUAUGUGCGUUUUUGUCGAGAAUUGGUGAGAAUUUGGAGAAAGACCUUAUUGAGGUCGUUCUGACAGAUCGAUCAUAUUCCUCGUUUUGGUCUGUAAAAACGGCCGAGUCAGACAAAAAAAUAAUGCAAGACAACUCGGAACUCGCUGCUCUAGGAUUUUCUGUUUCGGAAAAUUUUUUAUAUGUCUUCUUGCGAUCAGUGUAUCCUCGAUUCCCUGAAGAGUGGAUUAUGACUAUCGUUCAGUAUUUGAAGUCACCUUCUGAGCUUGCUUUUAUGGCCGCUCAUUUAGGAAUUAAAGAUAUAGUAUUGUACAGUGAUCAAGUAGAUUAUUCAAGCAAUAAAAUUAUAUCAGCUCCACCGAAUCUGGAUGUUUUAACUCACGCACUUAUGGCUUUAGUCGGUGCUUUAGCAAAAGAUAAGGUGAAUGUAUUCAAAAAAGCUUGCCUUAUUUCCCCUAAUCAUGAUUAAUAUUCAUCCAUAUAUGAUUUAAUCGUUUUUUAAGAAUUUCACUCAAAUUAGUAAUGAAAUUUAUUUGUUCACUUGAUUGGAUUGCUGAAAGUAAAAAAGCAAUAUAUAUAUAUACCAAAUAUUGACAAACUUCGGUUUUAGUAAUGUUUAUGUUGUUAGAUUAACAAUCGAAAUAUAUUAUGAUCUAUAAAAUGUGUUCACAAAAAUAAUUUUUUAAUAACUAUUAUUAUUAUUGUGACUUAGAUGGAGAAAGCACAUUUGUUUAUUCGGGAUUUCAUACUAGCAAGACUUCCUGAUAUAGAUUUAACUGAACUGAUUUCAAUUCCUAAUCCAUUACCCCUUCUACAAGGUAUACUUCGAUCUGAAGGACGUGGCCCACCUGAAACCAGAUUAAUUUAUCAGUCAAGUAUGAAUACUGUGCUAGCCUGUUUUGAAGUUGGUAUAUAUAGUGAUUGUCAACUCAUUGGAGAAGCUCCUGGUGAAACGAUAUUAAUUGCAGAAGAGGAAGCAUUACGACAAUCAAUAAGGAAUUUCUUCAAACUAACGGAUAAUCGUCCAUCUAUUCCAUUGCAUGGAAACUUAGACUUUUUGGACUUUCAAAAGUUUUCUGAACCAAAUAUUUCGCUUAAUUACUAUUUGGAAUUAGCAGUUGAUCAUGUUUAACCAGGCAAAAAAAUCCCCUUCGAGGAUUGUAUACUUGUAAAUAUAUAAUAAUUCUUUUUGUAAUGAAUGCAUCAACAUACUGCUUAUUAA